AUGGACAAAAUCUUCUUUCUUUCCAUUCUUGCUUUGCUCAUAGUGGCUCAUGGAACUGCAGAAAGAAGUUUACCUGACGACAUUAACAUUCUUGGAAACCUUGAGAAUUUGGACAUACAAGAAGGAGAUGAAAUGGAACUCUUUGACUUACCUUCAUGGACAAGUGAACGUGGCAGCAAGGUUCUUGUGAAUGUUGAUGGCUUUGGUGCGGUUGGAGAUGGAGUUUCAGAUGAUACCCAGGCCUUUUUUGAUGCAUGGAAACAAGCUUGCUCUACACCAAAUUCCGUUUUCCUGGUUCCCCAAGGACGCCGUUAUUUAGUUAAUGCAACAAGAUUUAAAGGGCCCUGUGCUGACAAGUUAGUCGUCCAGAUUGAAGGAACAAUUUUAGCACCAGAUGAGCCCAAAAAGUGGGAUACAAAAUACCAAAGAAUUUGGCUGGACUUUUUCAAUCUUACUGGUGUCCUUUUCCAAGGCAAUGGAGUAAUUGAUGGCUCAGGCAGCAAAUGGUGGGCAGCAUCUUGCAAAAGGAACAAGUCAAAUCCUUGCAAAGGAGCACCAACUGCAUUAACAAUAGAUUCAAGCUCAGCUGUGAAGGUUAAAGGCCUUACUAUUCAAAACAGCCAACAGAUGCAUCUUGUCAUCUCCAAAUCAGAUUCAAUGCACCUUGUCAUCUCCAAAUCAGAUUCAGUGCGGCUGUCUAACAUACUAAUUUCUGCUCCAGAAAACAGUCCGAAUACUGAUGGCAUACAUAUCACUGGAUCGACAAAUGUUGUUGUCCAGAACUGCAAAAUUGGAACAGGGGAUGACUGCAUCUCAAUUGUUAAUGGUAGCUCAAAUAUCAAGAUGAAGUCAAUCUACUGUGGACCUGGUCAUGGAAUCAGCAUCGGAAGCCUCGGGAAGGACAACUCAACAGGCAUAGUCUCAAAGAUAGUCUUGGAUACAGCAUUCCUCAGAGGAACAAUGAAUGGCCUCCGGAUUAAGACUUGGCAGGGAGGAUCUGGUUAUGUUCGAUCAGUACGGUAUCAAGAUGUAAGGAUGGAAAAUGUUUCAAAUCCCAUCAUAAUUGACCAAUUCUAUUGUGAUUCCCCAACUACAUGUCAAAACCAGACAUCUGCUGUGGAGAUAAGUCAAAUCAUGUAUCGAAAUAUUAGUGGGACUUCAAGGAGCGAAGAAGCAAUGAAAUUUGCAUGCAGUGACACAGUUCCUUGCAGCCACAUAGUGCUGAACAACAUCAACUUAGAGAAGACGGAUGGCACAGUUGAGACCUACUGCAACUCUGCCACUGGCUUUGGUUAUGGUUAUGUGCAACCUUCAGCUGAAUGCCUGACUUCAUCUGACAAUAGAAAAGAGGCUGAUCUUGCAAAAUCAACCGAAGAGUACCUCAUUCAUACUGAGCUCUAA